AUGGUCGAUUUGCUAACAAACAAUAACGUUCAAUAUAACAAGACUAAUACACGCAAUCAAACGGAUUAUACGAUAACUAACCAAGAUGAAUAUCAACUUCGACGAUAUCUUGAAAGAUUAGGAGGUUAUAAAGUAUCUAAUGCAACAACAAAUAAGCCAUUAAAUAUGCAACAACGUACCACACGUGAAUUUAUCUAUUCGCCAUCAACAAAUAGACGGUUUAGACAAGAUUCUACGCAAAGUUUAAAUUCAGCUAAUAAUGCAGCAGUUCAUCAACGAUCAGAAUCUCUCAGUCUACCUGGAUUUCCGAUAAAUGACGAAUUGUUUCCCGAAGGACAUAUAUUACACGUUCCCAACGGUUGGAAAACAGAGCUACUUAAUUCAACAAAUUUUUCAAAUAUAGAUUCGUUGAAUAACUUUGAUUCAUCAAGAACAUCUAUUCUUUCAACACCAUCAGAAUGGCAAACAGGAUCUGUUCAUUCGCCUAGAACAAACCCAAUAAAUUUUAUUAACACAACAAACGAUAUAUUACAGCCAUCCAUUACAACCACUACAACAGGAUUCACUAAUAAAUCACUAGCUACUUUUAACACAUCUCCGUCAUCUGCUAAAAAUACAAUAAUUGAACAAGACAACAGACUGAAUCAACCAGAGAUUACGACAACAGCGAUACGAUCAUCAUCAAUAUCGCCACAAUUUUACAACAAUCAUGGGGAACAACAAUGUCGAAUUCGUUCAACUAGUAACGAUUCAUAUAAUUCAUUUAUUCAUGGUUCAGACCAGCUACCAUUAGUUACAGAGGCAUCACAAUCAUCUAGAACGGAUCUAGUUCAUUUUCAACAACCACCAUUAGUUAUCAAAAAGCGUCUUCAAAAUGAUCUCAUUACAUAUCGACAGAAUAUUUCCGUACGAUUUCUUAAACCUCCUACUCCGCCACCGCCUGGACCAAUUAUUAUCCGUGAAAUUCAACCACCUCCACCACCUCCUCAAUCUCCAAUACGUUAUCGUCAACGACCUCCACAACCGAUUACACCACCACCACUGAUUUUAAGAGAAGCACCGCCUCCCAUACCACCACGUCAACCAACACAAGUUGUUGAAAAAUUGCUUCCACCACCGGCCAGACUACCUCGAAGUAUCGUCGUUGAACGUCUUGCUCCUCUACCUCCAAAACCUCGAGAUAUUGUUAUUGAAAGAUGGUUGCCCUAUCGUCAAAAUCCAAAUCGAAGAAUAUUCUAUGAACGAGACAUAGCACCUUAUAAUAUUGUACGAGAACGAAACGAAUUAAUCUUACAUGAUUCUCCGAAUGCUCGUAUAGAUCGACAAUUUAUAAAUCAAGGUGUCGUUCGUGCUGAUCCCGAACAUUAUCGUAUGCAGUACGGAGCUGAAUUAGACUCUUAUCGGUCAAAUCCUCAGUUCACAUAUCUGGUUGAUGAAGCAUCUCGCGCAAUUCCUCCACCUUCAUUAUCAGCACCAGUACCGAUCAACUAUCCGUCACAUAUAUCUCACUACAGUAACGAUAAUUAUUUUAAUUCUCGAUCAACUCCUUAUAGUUCAUCAUUAUACGGUUAUUCAUCACCACAUAAUUCAUAUGAUCAUCGCAAUCUUAUUACUAACACUGACAUAACUUCAGCAUUUGAACAACGUUGUCAUGCCACAUCUUUACAUCCUUAUUCAUCUUCAACUUCUUAUCGAUCACAUUCUGAUAAUCUCAUACGUGUUAAUUCCGAUGGUGAAUUUCGAAACGUUUUAGAAACAUUAACAAACGGACAUCUUUCUUAA